UCACCCAUGGAUCCCCAGCGACUGGUGUUCCCUCCCCUCCCAGCCUCUGUGUUCGGGCUGCUCAUGUACGCAACCACUGUGACCUUGUUUCCUAAAGGCAUUGCAUCUGGGUUAUGUGGUGGCAUGUUCUUGGGAUACGUGGCGUAUGAUCUCACUCACUACUACAUACACCACGGACAACCUUCUACCUCCUACUUCAGAAGGCUGAAGACUUACCACAUACACCACCAUUACAUGCAUCAACAACUGGGUUUUGGAAUCUCCAGUAAAUUGUGGGACUACCCGUUUGGAACCCAAAUUCCCGAAGACGACGAAAAUUCAAAGACUAAAUAG